AUGGCGUCCGCUCCUCCUGGACAGCCUGCUGGCUCCAGCACACAGAAAGUCGACUAUAAUUCGACAGUGGCUGCAGCUGCACAGAGCCUCAUAAAUGUGCUCACGCAGAACCUCUCUCAUGGACAGCAAGAGCAAGGAAGAAGGCAGGAACAGAGCCAGUCUACUGUAGAGCAAGAUAUGGCCAGGUCUUUCCCUGGAUUUUUUACAAAAAAAAGUUACCUUGGAAAGAGAAAGAUACAGAGUCUGAAGACGUAUGGCCCAGCAAAUACAAAAACCUGGAAAUCUUUCAGUUUCUAUUCAUACCUGUUAAACAGGAACUCUGAAUUAACCCCAACGUCAUCUGAGGAAUUUGAAUUUGCUCAGGCAGGACUUGGAAAAAGACAUCUCACAAUGUUAAAGGACAUGAACCAUGACGAGAUCUUUGAACUACUUCAAAUUGAGUAUCCGAAGAUGAAGGGGCUGACUGGUGGAUGGCUACUCUACAAGGCAACGGGUGGUCAGGGUAGAAGGAGACUGAUAAUGAUUCCUCCUGAUUCUAAUGGAUAUACUGGCUCGCUAAUUCGCAGUGUUACUGGGGCAGGGAAAAGCAUCCUGUACAUCGUGCCUUUGCAACAUGAGUUUGACCUAACUCCACUACCUCCGGAUGCCAUCGAAUUUCAAAGGAUGCCAAAAGCACAAUGCCAAACAUGCAAAGUGAGUUUCCCUUUGCAGAUUUUGGCCCUUCAUGUUCAAGAGUGCACAGAGUCUCCAUCAUCAGCAGAAGAUGCUGAGACAUGUUCAAGUGAGGUCCAGAUUGUUUCUGUGACAGCCCCCCCUGUGUUUUGUGACCCGGAAACAGCUGUUGAGGAGAAGGUUCCGUGUCCUAUAUGUUUCAUAGAAUUCACACCACAGUUUCUCGAGGUCCAUGCUAGCUCUUGUGGAGAAAGAGAAAAAGAUGACCUUAUGAUGGCUGAGAGAAGUGACGUGAGCCAGGACAAUGAAGGAGAGCAGAUCAAAAGUGUUGAUGACAUUUUGGACACCAUUUCUCGAAGAGUUGACCAUGAAAAGCAGUUCCACAUACAAAUCUCAAGAACAAACAUUCUGGAGAGAGGACUUCUGCAGUGGCAACGGCAAAAAAAAAAUCUGCCGACUGCUGCUCUUAAAGUGACUUUUUUUGGGGAGGCAGGAGUGGACACUGGUGCUCUUAGAAAAGAAUUUCUCACAGAAAUGGUGGCAGGAAUUGAGGAUCGUUUCUUUGAGGGAACACAAAAUAAGAAGAGCCCACGAUACUCUCUGACCGACUUUGACAAUGGCAUGUACAGGACAGUUGGUGAAAUUUUGGCUGUUAGUUUGGCACAAGGUGGCCCGGCCCGGCCCGACCUUUGUAAUGGGCAGAUAAACCCGACGACCCUCAACAGUGAUGCAGUUGCAGAUGUUCACUUGCGAGGGCUAAUUGACCAGGUGGAGAAGUCGACUGAGCAUUCAAUUGAAGACCUAUCUGAUGAAAUCUUAAACUGUGGAUAUACAGGCACCAUCUCCAUUCAAAACAAGGAGUUAAUCAUUCGUGCCGUUAUACUCCACGCAGUGCUGAGGUUGCAGCCUAUGCUAGAGCAACUAAGGGAAGGCCUGCAACUGUAUGACCUUCUUUCACUCCUCAGGCAGUACCCUGAUAUCUGCCAGCCCCUUUUGGUUCCUGGAGAAGAUGUAAAAGUCAGUGCAGAGUUUGUCAUGGCAUCCAUUUGUCCUCAACUUAGUGAUAAAGGGAGUACGAGACAUCAGAUUGAGCUGGAGCUUAUCAACUUUCUUCAAGACUUCCUUUAUGAAGCUGAAGUUGAAGAUCAGGGGCAUGGAGAGGAAAAAGAGGGACCACACUCCAUUACACCUGCCAGGUUUCUGCAGUGGGUUACAGGUCAAGGUCACAUCCCCCUUCUUCCUUCAGAGAAGAAGGACUUUGCUGUAACUGUCAAAUUUAACCAUGACUGCAAUGCAGACUUUGGAAUUCAUAACAUCUGUUACCCUGUUGUGUCAGCAUGUGCCAAAAGAAUUGUGCUACCUGUUAGACACAUUAAGUCCUAUGACCAAUUCAAAAGCAUUCUACUGGAGGCUUUUUAUCUAGGCCAAGAAUUUAACAUUGUGUAAUCAAAUUAGGGCUGGGCAAUAUGGCCCUAAAAUAAUAUCACGAUAUUUCAUUGUAUUUUUGUGAUAACGAUACUCUUGGUGAUAUGACAAAACAUUGAAUUAAACAAAAUAUAUAUUUCAAGAAUACAGUACUGCAACAAAAUGAAUAUAUUCGGAAACAAAAUUAUCCAGAAUGUCUAGUUACUAAUAAUGCACUCCAUAUAUCCAGGAUUGAAGUAAGAAAUUUUACUGGACAGAUAUAAUCUGACUCUAGUAGAUAUAGAAUGGGAAAUGAGGACAGUGUGAAUUUUCCUUUUGAUACAAACAGUAAAAAAAGUAGUUCCCUGGAUGUGAUAAUUAGGGGUGGGUGAUAUGGCUCCAUAUUUCAGGAUAUAAUAUCGUUCACAAUAUUGAAAAAUGUUGGCGAUAUAAUUGCGUACAAUGCGAUAUGGCACAGCCCUAAAUCUAAUGCCUCUAUGUAAACUUAAAAUACAAUGUUAAGUACCAACUGUUAUGUACUCUGGUUAAAGAAACAUUUUAUAUGUAUGUUCACUUUGUUUCAAGAUCUUGCCAUGUUUGAAAAGAAAGUCAAGUAGGCAAGUACGAACUGUUGUAUGAAGUAAUUGUUACAACUUUUAAUAAAACAUGUAUUUUAGCAA